GGUUUAGAUUAGGUUUUUAAGUCGCGCACAUCUCUCUGCCGCAGCAUCUCUUAGGGUUUCUUCUCAUCUUCUUCUUCUUCAUUUGCUCCCUUAGACACAACCCACUGUCCGAAUCAUUUCUCUUAGUUCGUUUACCUCUUCUUGUUUUUUUCUUCUUUCUUCAUUUAGAAUCUGUGUAUCGAGUCAUGGAUUACUGAUUUCCCCUUUCCUAUAAAACCAAUCAAAGCAAGCAGUUUCUCCGGUGACUUUGUAUUCAACUUCGAUCUUUAUCAGACCGAUAAAAUGGCGUCUAUGAACCCUUUCGAUCUCUUAGGAGAUGACGCUGAGGAUCCCAGCCUGCUCGCUGCUACUUUGACUCAAAAAGUCGAGAAAGCUGCUGCUGUUCAACCUGCUAAGUCCGCUAAGAUGCCAACCAAGCCACUUCCUCCUUCUCAAGCAGUGAGGGAGUCAAGAAAUGCUCCUUCAGGGGGUCGUGGUGCUGGUGGACGUGGUGGUGGUUAUUCCCGUGGUAGGGGUGGUGGAUUUAACCGGGACAACCGGAACAGUGAUGCUCCUCCUGCAAAUGAGAAUGGGUUUUCUGUCGCAUUCAGAGCUUCUGAAGAUGCUGAUGGAGCAAGGCGUGGGGGUAUUGUUGGUGGAUUCCGUGGUCGUGGAGCUCGCCGUGGAUUUGCCAAUGGUGAAGGAGGUGAUGUUGAACGCCCUAGGAGGACUUAUGAGCGCCGUAGCGGGACUGGUCGUGGUACUGAUCUAAAACGUGAGGGUGGUGGUCGUGGAAACUGGGGAACUACUGAAGAUGACAUUGCUCCAGCUACUGAGGAACCCACCACGGAGGUUGAGAAGAGCCCUGUUGCUGAGAAGCAAGGAGGUGAGGAUGAAACCGCUGAUGCAGCCAAAGAAGCCGAAGAGAAAGCACAGAAAGAAGCUGAAGACAAGGAGAUGACUCUGGAAGAGUAUGAGAAAAUCCUGGAGGAGAAGAAGAAGGCUCUGCAAGCCACUAAGGUCGAGGAAAGAAAAGUUGACACCAAAGUGUUUGAUUCCAUGCAACAGCUUUCUAACAAGAAGACUACUGAGGAGGAAAUCUUCGUCAAGCUGGGAUCUGACAAGGACAAACGCAAAGAUACUGCUGAGAAGACCAAAAAGUCCUUGAGCAUUAAUGAGUUCUUGAAGCCAGCUGAUGGAGCAAGAGGUGGAUACCGCGGCGGAAGAGGAGGUCGCGGUGGUCGUGGUGGUCGUGAUCAGAGAGGUGGUAGUAACGGAGGAGAAAACCAAAGGAGAGGACCUUCUGCUCCGGCGAUUGGAGACACUGCUCAGUUCCCGUCGUUGGGCAAAUAGAGCCCCCCCUCACUCUUUGUCCCCCUCAGCCCUUCUCUUCUAUCUCUCUGGUUGAAUUUUUUGUUCGUAGUUUUAUUAUUGUUGUUACACUCUGAAAGUCUUUUUCUGCAAAACAUGUCCGUUGUCUGUUUUUACGUUAUGGAAAAAAAUUGUUAUGACCUUUUUUUAUA